AUGUCUUCUAAACAGAUUCAAAAAUUUAAGGAUGAAAUUGAAGCACUAAAAAAAGAAAAUCGUGAUCAAAAGGAGGCACACGAAGAAGAUAUUCAAUAUCUAGAAAAAAAAAAUUGUGAUCGUAGGUCUAUUAACGCUGACUCCAACACUGAAAUUGAACGUCUAAAAAAAAAAAAUCAUGAACUUGUGAUUAAAAAUCAGGAAAUUGUAGACGAAAAUCAAGAUCUACAAAAAGAAAAUCUUGAACUUGUUGCUGUUAAAUCUAAACUCAACGCUAAAAUUGAGGAAUAUAAAGAAAAACAACAAGAAAUAGAACAACAACUUUGUGCCAAAUUUGAAAAAUUGGCAGUUUAUGCUGGCAUUACUCUGUCACCUGUCCCGGUGGAUAAAUUACAACAUUGUACGGAAUGGUGGUGCCCAAAGCAUUCAAAGUUUGCUACUAUUGUUGAUGAGUUGAAACAAUCUAUUGGAGAAGAUAAGCUAAUAAUAGAUCGUGCAAAAGCUAGGUUUAAAUACUGGAAUAGUAAACCUAAUGGGGAAACAUGCUGCAAAAAUAAUCGUAAAUAUAAAGAUAGAAACACAUUUUUGCCACCAUCAAAUUGGCCAAAAUGA